ACCGCCGUGAGCUCGAGAAUCCCGCAUUUACGCACUCAUCCUUAAAAUUACAACUCAGUCCGUGCCCAGCAGCCGACAUUCCCACCCCUCUCGCCUCCUGUGGUCGCCAACUCGUCGCCCAGGACAAGAUAUACGUUCACAUGUUGCCCGCAAAUAACGCCGCUACCUCAACCGCAGCAGCAGCAGCAGCGCCGCCAAGAAACGGCUCUGCUGGCCCUGCGUCCUCCCCAUCAACAGGCAAGGGCGCGGUCAACGGCGUAGGGUCAGCAGGGCCUGGGUUGAAGCGCAGGCGCAGCGCGCCCGACGUUCGCGCGGAAGAGAUGCGACGUGCGCUGGCGGACGACGACGAGGGUCGACUGGCCAAGAUGCAGAAGGCCUGCUCCACUCUGCUGGAAUGCCUUGGGGAGGACGUGUCAAGGGAGGGCUUGGUCAAGACUCCCUCGAGGAUGGCCAAGGCCUUGCUGGCGUGCACCCGGGGGUACAGCCAGAGCCUGUCCGACAUCGUGAACGAGGCCGUGUUCGAAGAGGACCACCAUGAGAUGAUCCUCGUCAAGGACAUCGAGAUACACAGCUUGUGCGAGCACCACAUGGUUCCAUUCACCGGAAAGGUUCACAUCGCCUACAUCCCCCGAUCAAAGGCAAUUGAGAUCAUCGGCUUGAGCAAGCUGGCUCGAAUCGCGGACAUGUACGCGCGCCGGCUGCAGGUGCAAGAGAGGUUGACGCGUCAGAUCGCGGAAGCCAUUCGAGAAGCGGUCAACCCGCUGGGAGUGGGGGUGGUCGUCGAGGCAUCACACAUGUGCAUGGUCAUGCGAGGCGUGCAGAAGCAGGGGGCGACCACGAUGACCAGCAGCGUUAACGGCUGCUUCCAGGCGGACUCUAGAACAAGGGCUGAGUUUUUCAGCCUGGUCGGGCUCGACCGAUAGUGCGCGGGCUAACCUAUCCCGUGUGGUAUCUAGCAGGACAGAAGGUGUUGAUCUUUCGCUCAUUAUAGACCCUCUCAGGCACGCCUUUUUCAUAUGAGGGCAAGAGUUUUCCAUCUUGUCCACAUGGACUCUUACUUUGCACGCCUUUGUUUAGUUUUGGGCAAGAGUUUUCCAUCUUGUCCACAUGGACCCUUACUUUGCACGCCUUUGUUUAGUUUUGGGCAAGGGUUUUCCAUCUUGUCCACAUCGAACCUUCCUUUGAAAGGCAGGUCAAUUAUUUGGGAAGAUGUAAGCAAGUUACUGGGCGCAAGUUAGUCCGAAACCUAAGGUCGACUCGGUUUGACUUCUACCCCAUCGCCACUAAUGGGCGAAUCGAGGGAGGGUGACUUGCAUGGGGUCUUGGAACAGAACACAAGCUUUUCAACAUCAGCAGUCAAGGCAUUAGGGAGGCAGUGUCAUCGGGCCUGAAUUGGAAAGGCGCAGUAGUCAGCAAGAGACUUAACUCUCGUCUCAACAGCGGGCAGAGUGGUUCCGAUAAGGUCAACCAUGAGCGACGCGCGCAGACGCACAUGUUUGGCAACGGCGGUUGUCUAGCAAUGGACAUGGUUCGAAUUUGCACCAGACAUAUGUACUGUAGAUACCAAGGUUUCCCUUUCAGCUCGCCUGGGGAGAGGAAUUCUGUCAGCAUGCAUCUCACCUGUAAAAACGGUUUCAUGCGUCAAGUUGACAAAGGAAAUGUUUGGGAAUUUCUCGGUCCCUCUGAGGGAAGAGGGGCCAUGUUGUGUGUUUUGUUUCGCGUGGGCCGGCUGCGCUUUGGAGUAUAGAUUUCACGGCGAGGGGUAGGCUCAGCUUGAUCGGCUUGCUUUGCUUCACGAGGCACAUGCAACAAGCACCAGGUAUAUUUCACUUCCUAAGCAUGCGGAGGAAAGCGGGGGAAUUGGAAAAGCCUGGAAUUACCCUGGGGGGGGUGUUGGGUCGAGCUAUCUGUGGUCUACGGACGCUAUCAUUGAUGUGGUGUGAUAGCGACGCCGGUCAUCUCUCUCUCUCUCUCUCUCUCUCUCUCUCUCUCGCUCUUUGUCUCUCUCUGGCGCGGUUUGCUUCCCUCGUCUAUUCUCACCUCUUGCGAUUACCGUAUGUGGCUGGUGUUGCCUGUGGUGUGUUUUCGCGUCCCGUGCUACAGUUAGUGUUGCUGCCAUGGCGGCUGCAGCUUUUCAACAACAGCAGUCACGCCGAGUUUUUUCUGGGCAUUCUCCGUGUGCUUACUGUCGGCGGGGGUACUCGGCUUUCGAUACUGCAACACCUGCUCGGAGGGAAAUGUGAAACUGCAAACUGUGUGGUAGGAGAGGCAGUUUGCGUCAGCGAAGGCGGCGGGGUUGAACGUUUACAAAACACCACACACUCCAUGACGACAAUACAGGCUCAU